AUGGGUUGGCCGAGCCAGGAGUUGAGGUUGAGCAGUGCACAAGAAAUAGAAAAGGAGAUACAGCAACAUGUCAAAUCAACUCCAUUGAAAGAUUCGCAAACACACAUUGAAGAAAAUAGUUCAGUUGCAUGGGAUGGAAGCUCAGAACUGGUAGCCUAUGACCCUCUUGUCAAAGAAGUUCUGGAUCAUGGCUCAACCUCCAUCAUUACACGGAUCAAACCUGGGGUUGUUCUCAAAUCGCCUCGCUAUUCAUGGUGGCAUUCUCCAACUGCAGAAUUCCAUGAUUCAGUCAAACAUAUCAAACAUAGUUUCAAUGUUGAAGUGCAAAUUCUUGGGAUCUUAGGGGACCACUCUAGAAUAAUAAGGUUCCUUGGCCUCUCUGAAAGCCCUCGAGGCUUACUUUUUGUGGAGGCCAAUGCUGGAAAUUUGCAAACAUACCUUGACCACCACAGUGCUGCAGAAGCUAUACAAUACAUUCACCAGAAGGGUGUCAUUCACUCUGAUCUACGCCCUGAAAACUAUUUGCUGCACAGGAAUUCUGAUGAUAUUCUCAAUCUAUUCCUUAGUGAUUUUGGAGGCUCAACUAGUGGUGUCAUAGAUGGUGGACAUCUCCCAGAUUCUGGCUUUUUCAAUCCACAGAAACCUUGGGUGUCAGUGAAAGCAACAGAUAUAUUCAGCCUUGGAUCAGUGCUCUAUACAAUUAUGACUGGUCACUGGCCUUACAGGACCGCAGGGCCAUUCAGAUCAUUGAAGGAGAAAUUGAUUUAUGGAGAAAGAGUGGAUGAACUCUUCUCCUUGGGUGUGUUUCCCCCAGUUGAAGGACUAAUUGGUGGAGACAUUAUACAAGAUUGCUGGAAGGAACAGUACAGAGAAGUAGAUACAAUUGUUCAUGAUCAGAGCAUCAUAUUCAAAGAAAUUUCAUUACAGACUGAGAAGCAUGAGAGUGUUGAGUCCUAA